AUGUCAGGAAAGUUUAAGGGGGUCAAAACGAGAAUCCUUAAUGAUAACCCUCACGCCUACUUUUCUCCAUGUGGCGCACACUCCUUAAAUCUCUGUGGCGUUCACGCUAUGGAAGUGAGCACAGAAGUUAAGUCAUAUUUCGGCAACGUUCAAAAGUUGUACAAAACUUUUUCAAUGAGUCCUAGUAGAUGGAAGAUUUUGCAAACAACUACCGGAGUGUCCCUCCAUUCAGUUUCAACCACAAGGUGGAGUGCUAGAGUUGAUGCGAUUCGUCCCCUCACUAAAAGGUAUCAAGACAUUAUUCAUGCUUUGGUCAGCAUAUCAGAUGAAACGAACUUACCACCAGAAACGCAGGCUGACGUUGAUGCCUUGAUUACAUGGAUGAACUCGUUUGAAUUUGUUUUAUUUACCAAAAUUUGGUAUAAAACUUUGAAAGUGAUUGAUGAAAGGAAUAAAGUCUUACAAAAUUCAAAGAUUACCGUAAAGGACUCUGCAAAAAUAAUGGAAGGCUUAAUUUCGGACAUUGCAACUAUAAGGAGUAGUUGGGAUAAGUUUUUGGAAGAGUCCAAGUCAAUUGCGUCGACCUUCCUAAUAUCGCCUGAAUUUAAGCCGACAAGAGGGAGAAAAAAGAAAACGUUUUUUGAUGAUUCGGAGGUACCUGACCAUAGCUUCAACGUGACAGAUCGGUUCAAAGUGGAAGUUUUUUUGCCGUCCAUAGAUUUGCUCUCUUUGGAAAUAAAAUCAAUAACUGAGAAGAUGAAAGAAUUGUCUGAUGUAUUCACACCGAUCAUAUCUCCUACCGAAAACACGUUACAACUUAAUCAACUCUAUGUUGAUGGUGUAGCAGAAGAUCUGGUCAACGGAUACCCACGAGAUCUUACAAAGGAUGAGUUAGCAAAUGAAUUGACCAUUUACUUUAAGCUACUUAAAGAUGGCGUGAUCAACUCAGGAGAAGGAAACUUGAACUGUGCAGUUGAUAUUUUGAACAACAUUUACCAAAAAGGCCUUGAACACAUAUUACCGCAAAUUUGCACCUGCUUACGAUUACUAGCUGUAAUACCAGUUUCAGUUUCUGGUGAGAGAGCCUUCAGCAAAAUGUCGCUCAUAAAAAACAGGCUGAGAUCUGCAAUGGGAGAAGAUAGACUUAACCACUUAAUGAUAUUAAGUAUUGAACAUGACAUAGUAAGAAAAAUAAGUUUUGAUGAAGUGAUAGAGGAUUUUGCCAGAUUAAAGUAUGGCUUCAAUUGCUCUUUUCACACCAAUGAAGAACAACCAGUGCGCUUAAUUUGCAAAGAAGUUUUGGCUGCAGAAAGCAUGAAACCGUCAAAACUGCAACGACAUUUGAAUACUAAACAUGCAACGUUAUUAAAAAAGCCAAUAGAAUAUUUUGAGCGUCUUUUGCAAACAUCAAAUAAAGAAAAGAACACUUUGGAGAAGUAUGUUACUUUGAAUGAUAAAUAUCUAUUGGCAGUUUCGUAUUUGAUAGCAAAAACGAAAAAGCCUUUUACUACUGGAGAGCAACUUUUACUACCUGCAGCUAUAAGAAUGUCUGAAAUUGUUCAUGGAAACCAGUGCUGA